CGGACAGCGGCGGCGGCGGCGGCGGCUCGUCUGCCCCGGAGUGUGCGGCGGACCCUCCCGCGCCCUCUCGCGCUCUGCCUCGGUCUCUGCCUGGCUACGGCCGCGGCCACCACGCUGCCCGCUCUUGGCCCUGGUCUUGCCUCUGGGUUUUGUUGCUGAAGAUAGAUCACAGUGAUGUCUGCAUUCAACCUGCUGCAUUUGGUGACCAAGAGCCAGCCGGUGGCCCUGCGAGCCUGUGGGCUUCCCUCAGGGUCAUGUAGGGAUAAAAAGAACUGUAAGGUGGUCUUUUCCCAGCAGGAACUGAGGAAGCGGCUGACACCCCUCCAGUACCAUGUCACUCAGGAGAAAGGAACAGAAAGUGCUUUUGAAGGAGAAUACACGCACCACAAAGACCCUGGAAUAUAUAAAUGUGUUGUUUGUGGAACCCCAUUGUUCAAAUCAGAAACCAAAUUUGACUCUGGUUCAGGUUGGCCUUCCUUUCAUGACGUGAUCAGUUCUGAGGCCAUCGAGUUCACAGACGACUUUUCCCAUGGGAUACACAGAGUGGAAACAAGCUGUUCUCAGUGUGGCGCCCAUCUCGGGCACAUUUUUGAUGAUGGACCUCGUCCGACUGGCAAAAGGUACUGCAUCAAUUCGGCCUCCUUGUCUUUCGCGCCCACAGACAGCAGCGAGGCAGAAGGAGGAGGCGGCGGCAGAGAGAAUGGCAGCCCAGCAUCGGCAGACAGAGCAGAGCUGUAGAAUCCGGGAGAGCGGCGGGAACAAAGUGUACUUAAUGCACAGCUGAUUGAAAAACCAAAAAGUGGUUUAUCGUAGCAGAGUUAUUUUUUUCAGAAGCUAUAAGGGCAGUUUAUGCUAUUGAAAUUGUUCUCUCUCUCUCUCUCUCUCUCUCUCUCUCUCUCUCUCUCUCAGACGGGAGUUCUGCCCAUCCAUGUAUUCUGCUUUGCGAGGUCAACAACUAUGUGUAGGUCUUGCAAAUGGAGAUAGCUUUGUGGAGCUUUUCCACAAGCUUCUAAGUGGCCUUGGCUUUGUUUUCUUCCAGCACAUACCUUCCUUUGGUUUUGUGGUGGGUACACCCCUUUUGCCUAAGAGGUGGAGGCUGUUUGGUCUCCUAAGGAGAAAUCAGAGCUGGUGCUCGGGGCAGAGAGCAGAGUUGGGAAAGCCAGGGUAUGCAGACAUGUGGCCUUAUGAUAAAGAUGGAGUGAUGUCUUAAAUUUCUAGGCUCUGUGGAAAGUCUGAGCUAAGGUUUUUUUCUCACUAAAAGGGUGUGAAGGUCUAAAGUCGUUCCUUAUGUUAGAUUGUUGCCAGAUCUGAGCAGGCUCUCUGAGGGUUGUGGCAGAGACGUAAACGUUACCUCGUGGGCAGGUCUUUAUUUUAUAUUAUUUCCCAUUGACAAUAACGGAAUGUAAGACAACUGUAAAAUGCUGCACCCUGGUUUUGUCCAAAGCUCACAAAGAAGAAUUCUUGCCUGUUGCCUUUGUAUAAGCAUUUCUCUCCACACCUAUGAGAACUACAUCUGGGUGAACAUUUUAGAAGAUUACCCAGUGCAAAAUAAAAUAUGAGGGACAACAUACUUCAUCAAGGCGGUAGAAAAGAGAAAGAUCAGAGACCAAAUAUGAAGUCUUGAGUACUAAAUAAUCCCAUGCUGUGCAAAAAAAGGCCAAUAGAAUAUUACAGGUACCACACCUAAACCAAACCUAUACAUAGCAUCAGGCAGCCUGUGGAAAGAUGUUGGGCAUUAAGACAGGAUAGUCAGGCCCAAGUUCCACACUUCACUGUUUAUACAAGGGACAAGCCAUUUAGCCGCAUUGUGCCUAUAUCUUCAUGUACACAAUAGGACUCAUAUGUUUAUAAAAUAUAUUGAUACUCUCAGGGCAAAGUGACUAUAUUGCUAUACAAUUAAGAUCAGUAUUUGUAAAGUCACAAUAAUGUGGUUUAAUCACCUCAAAGGCCGUAGCGCAGGCAUUCGUGAUGGGAAGCAGAGGUGGAUUCGGUUGGUUGGCAUGGAAACAGAUGGACCGAAAGCCAGACUUCUUCCUUGUAGCAAUAUGGCAAGUUUUGCUUGGAGAAGCUCGGCAUGGUUGCUUGAGGUUUUCACAGUGCUGAACAAGGGUGAUAGACGUUACCAAACACUGUAGCCAGGCGUGAGUCUUAUGACUCACAAAUCAACAUCGUGAUUUUGAAUGCUGAUUCUGAAAUUCUCCUUUAAAAGGUAUUUAUGUUUCUAUUUUUUUUUUCUUUUUUUGUGAAGACUGGCAUCUUUCCUCAUAAGCAUUAAUGACAAAUGGUGAGGAGGGUGGACAUGUGACAGCUGUAGACACAAUGAGAAGCAUGAAAAGUUGGGACAAGUCAAGAUUGAGAUGCCCAUGUCUGGAAGCUUCUGGGCUUCUCCGGGUACCUCCUGGGGAUCCUGGCAUCCUGAUGAGUCUUCACUGUCCCACAGUUUUAGAGAAGUUCAUGUUAACAGGGACACACAGGAAAGUCACCCGAGCCCCAGUCCCUGCCCAGCCAGAUGUUUCACCCCAAGCCCAGGGCUCCUCUGGACUUCAUAGGUUUCGCUCUCCUCUAGAAACAAGAGGAAAAUUUCAGACAAGGCAUCCAGAUUACUGUAGGAGUCUUUGCAACACCAUGAAGGAUCCCAUGUAGGGUUGCUAAGGACAGACAUGGGUCUCUCAUGGCAUUGGCACAACUUGGCAUCUAUCCUUCAGAGACACACACAACCCUUCCUGCCCACUCCCAUCUGUAGCCUCCCCAGGGUUCCUUGGUUAUGAGCCACAGUGUUGGAGUAAACUAAAGAAGAUAAAUGAGGAGUUUCUUCCUCCCCAGAGACUUUGGGUUCUUACUCUCUUUUCAUUUUUAUAUACUAUAGCAUUAAACACACACACACACACACACACACACACACACACACACACACACACACACACAAAGAGCCCAUAAUAAUAAGAACCCUGCUUUCUGUUACUUUUUUUUUUUUUAACAAAAGCCAGCUUCCUCCAGCACCAACUUUUAAAAAGUAUAUAAUAUCCAUUGAAAGAAAGAUGUGUGUAUGCUGUUUAAUUCCAGAUUGCUUUUUGGGCUUAAGUGGUAUCAGAUUUCAGUAUAUUUCUGUCUAACGUUAAAGAAAUAUAUUGCUAAAAUGUCAGUGAGCAAUAAUGUCAGCUGUCAAGUGUUAGAUUUAUUUUCGCAGGAUAUGGAGUGCAGUGAACUGAGGCAAUAUGGUGAGGUGUAUGUGAUCUGCGCGAGUUCUGCCAUUUAACACAGGGGAUGCAUGGUCUUCCGUGUCCGCAUCCCCAGCUCCAAGUGCGCCAUUGGGCAAUGCAGAGAUUUGCUGGUAAGCAGGAAGUGUGUCCAGAUGAGCUUACCGGAGAGAGCAGAAGGCAGCACCAUCAGUUGUAUUCCGUGUACUCACACUUUUCAUUUCUAUGUAUUUAAAAUCCCAAUACAAAAGACAGAGCAGUUGGAACCGAGCCUCCGUAGGUUGUCUAAAAUGCCUUGCUUUUGAUAUGAAAAACGAUGCGAAUUAGUACAAUUUGUUCUGAGGGUUGUGUAUGACUCUUGACGUAGAAUGCUUUUUAACAACUUUUCUCCUAAUAGUUUAAAACUUUUGAAAAGUGACAUGAAACCUUUUCCUACAUACGUUGUAUACAGAAGUUAGGUAAUAAAGUUUCUUUAUAAAAAUGCC